AUGAGUUCUGCGGAGGAGAGAGAGGACCAUGAUAUGUACUGUGAGAAGGCGGUGGCCCUCAUCAUUGACCUCUGUCUGGACGACAGCCCACUGUUACAGCCCAACACCUGCCAGGACUUCAUCACACUGCUAGCCACCAACCAGAGCCCAAACUCUGCAGGGUCAGAUCUCUCCUUCAGCCUCCUGCUCCUGGUGUUCGUGGCCUGUGGCCUGGGCCUGCUGAGCGUCAUCGUCUUUGCCUCCUGGAAGCUGUGCAGGGUGCACUGGCGCACAAAGGACCUCUCCUCCAGUGCCACUGCCCUCGCCCCCCCCUCCUCUGCCUCUGACAGACCCUACGACAGAGCCUUGCCUGCACACGGCCACAGGCCUACGCUUGUAUACGCACACACGCACACACACGCCAUGGCGUCGGACAAGCUGAAUCCUUUGGACCCGGCGAGUUUCCUAGAGGCAGCGGUGAAGAUCAGCCACACGUCGCCUGACAUCCCUGCCGAGGUGCAGCUGUCCAUGAAGGACCACUUCCUGCGCCGCACGCGUAUGUCCAGGCAGACCACCGAGCCCAACUCCUCCAAUAGGCACAGCUCCUUCAAGAAGCACCUCCCCCGACAAAUGCACCAUGUCACCAGCCUUGACCGAGGCAGCGACUUCCCCUAUGCAGAGGACCAAUCCACCAGCCUGGCCAGUUUGGGCCGCAUCCAGCCAGAGCUCUACAAACAGAGCUCACUGGAGGCCGACGAGUCCUCCAAGAACUGCGCCGCCGCCAAGACCUGUGGUAAGAUUAACUUCUCCCUCAAGUACGACUACGAGUCUGAGGCUCUUCUCGUCAACAUCCUCAAGGCCUUCGACCUACCCGCCAAGGACUUAUGCGGCAGCUCCGACCCCUACGUCAAAAUCUACCUCCUGCCUGACCGCAAGCGCAAGUUCCAGACCCGCGUCCAUCGCAAGACGCUCAAUCCCAUGUUUGAUGAGUCCUUCCAGUUCAACGUGCCCUACGAGGAAUUGGGCAGCAGGAAGCUGCACCUGAGCGUAUAUGACUUUGACCGCUUCUCCCGCCACGACAUGAUCGGCGAGGUCAUUCUGGAGAAUCUGUUUGAGGUGUCGGACCUCUCCCGCGAGAUGGCCAUCUGGAAGGAUAUUCAGUACGCCACCUCUGAGAGUGUAGACCUGGGGGAGAUCAUGUUCUCUCUCUGUUACCUGCCGACCGCAGGCCGACUCACCAUGACCGUCAUCAAGUGCAGGAACCUCAAGGCCAUGGACAUCACAGGAUACUCAGACCCAUAUGUCAAGGUCUCCCUGGAGUGUGAUGGACGGCGCUUGAAAAAGAAGAAAACCACCAUCAAGAGGAACACUUUGAACCCCACCUAUAACGAAGCUAUAAUCUUCGACAUCCCCCCUGAGAACAUGGACCAAGUCAGCCUGCACAUAUCCGUCAUGGACUAUGACUUGGUGGGACACAAUGAGAUCAUAGGUGUAAACAGAGUGGGCAGUCAUGCAGAGGGACUGGGCAGAGACCACUGGAACGAGAUGUUGGCCUAUCCACGCAAGCCCAUCGCUCACUGGCACUCUCUACUGGAGGCAAGCAAGUCUCAGAAAGAGUGGAAAACCCGCACUGCAAGUUUUGACAGCCAAGGCUCUUGCCCUUCUCCAAGACUCCUGUCUAGUCCAUGAGGGAGGAGCUAGAGUUUAUACUCCACGACUCUACAAAGCCUGCCCUGUAGCAAGGCCUGAAAUAUGGAGUGUCCCAGGCCCAGACCCACAUAUGGUGUGCCUCAGAAUAAAUAAAGUGCAGUAAAUUGCUCUGGAAUGACAUUAUCUCGCCAUCACACACCCCCACACACACAAACACAUUUCUCUUGUGCCCUCUUGGACAGCCACUUUGUCUUGGUACGUAUAGCCUAGUGUAUACUGGGUCUGGUGGGAUCAUUGUUAUUGCAACAAUAGCUUUGCAGUUGAGCUCAGCCUGGUUUGGUUAUACACCUGAGGUUAACAUCUUUGUAUAUGUAUAUAUGUAAUGCCCUUUGAUACUGACAUCAAUAAUAGCACUGUAUUUAGAAUCACAUAUUUAUGAUAUUAUCAACAUGACUAUCCCCCUGAAUUUACUUUUCUGUUUCAAUUGUUACCUGUGAAGUGUUUGCCAAUAGUCUCUUGUUCAGGCAAUGUCAUGUACUUUGUUGAGGGUGUUGGCUUGACCUUUGACCCCUUUGCCUCAUUAGCCUUGUGAUAAGUGCUUGAAACAAUGACUCUCCUCUGUUUUUUCCAAGCAAUUUAGAGUAUCUUUCCACUUUUGUAUUGAAAAUGUGUAUUUGUAACAUAACUGUUUCCAGGCGUCCCUUGUAUUUUAAAGAAGUGAUAAUAAAGUUGUCGAUUCUGGUUCUAACAUUCCAAA